CGGGAGCUGUCCCGGUGACAAGAGAGAAAGUGCUUUAGAAUAGCUUGAUCCCAGGGGUCUACGUCCUACCCUAGUGCUAGCAUACAUGCAGUUAUAGGUUCGAGCCUUCUUCCCGCUGCACAUGUAGCUUCUCGAGUUCCACUAGUCGAUUCCUUUAGCAUUUGAUACUUGGCUUAGGUGUAACGGUUCUGUGCCCGCAAGAUGGGUUCAGCGCUUCUUUUACCCCUGAGUGAGAGAUUUAACUUCCCUGUUGCACAGAUGAAUUUUAUAGCUUGUCUUAUGUGUGGCUUAAUUGCAGCUUGUUCAUUUCGGAUAUACUUACCUCCCAGUAAAGAGAACUGUGCUAUCCGACAUACAGCAGCUACCCUAUUGGGCAUUUAUUUUGCUCACUUCUGUUAUGGAUGGUACACAGUGCACUUUGUUGCAGAAGUUAUUAUGUCCUACUUUAUCCUAGUGACUACAGAUGUGAAACACGUUCACAAGUACACAUUCCUUGCAGCCAUGAGCUAUCUGACAGCUGUGCAGAUCAGUCGAGUUUACGUAUUUGAUAAUGCAGAACAUUCUGCUGAUUUUACAGGGCCUAUGAUGAUCAUAACGCAGAAGAUUACAAAGCUGGCGUUUGAAGUACAUGAUGGUUUGGCAAGGAAGGAAGAGUCUCUCACACCAUCACAAAAGCUUCUGGCUGUAAGAAAAUGUCCAAGUUUACUGGAGUAUUGUAGCUACAAUUUGAAUUUUAUGGGAAUCCUUGCAGGGCCACUAUGCUCAUACAGUCAGUAUAUCGAAUUUAUAGAAGGUACAUAUGGUCAUCUUGAAACCUGUCAAGUUAAUGAAAAGGAGAAGGACAGGUUAAGGCAUUCUGCUCCUUCCCCAGUGGAAGCUGUAUUGUCUAAGUUACUGAUGUGCUGUUUGCUGUUGAUGGCCCAUUUAGUUCUAUCUACCUCAUUUCCUGUCUCCCGCAACUUGGAAGACUCAUUUGUGAACUCUGCCCCAUUUUACACCCGGCUGGCAUAUCUCUAUUUUUCUCUGAUGGGCUUCAGGCCUAAGUAUUACUUUGCCUGGACUAUGGCUGAUGCAGUAAAUAAUGCAGCUGGCUUUGGAUUCAGUGGCUACAGUAAGAGUGGAAAGCCCCAGUGGAAUGCAUUAAACAACAUUAAUAUUUUGCAGAUUGAGACUGCAACAAGUUUUAAGAUGUUUAUUGACAACUGGAAUAUUCAGACUGCACAGUGGCUGAAGGAAAUCUGCUAUGACCGAUGUCCCAGUUGUCCAACCUUAUUUACAUUCCUUCUAUCAGCAGCAUGGCAUGGAGUUUACACUGGUUACUUCUUCACCUUUCUCACUGGAGCCCUUAUGACAUUUGCUGCCAGAGCUGUAAGAAGCAACUUCAGACAUCACUUUCUAGCAUCUUCUUCAUCCAAAAGGCUGUAUGACAUAAUCACAUGGAUUGCUACUCAAUUAGCCAUGAGUUACACUGUGGCACCUUUUGUUCUCUUGCAUACUGAACCAUCACUGCAGUUUUACAGAACCUGGUUCUUCGGCUUCCACAUUGCUGCAUUUUUGCUGAUCCUAGUGCUGCCAAGGUGGAAAAAGCAAACAUCAAACAGUCCCCAAGUACAGUCAGGUGACCUCAGGUGAACCAAGCAGGAAAAUCUAAACGCAUCUGUAGCAAUGGAGGAAAAUUAUGGUUUCAUCUAUGGCAUUGUUGGUGACUGUUAUGAUGGGACAUAUUUGUUUGUUAAGACUUUCUUAAAAAGUAUGACUGGAAAAUAUGGACCUGGGCUUGACACUACAGUUAAGAAGAGCCAGCUUGAUCAUUGCAUUAAGUGCCCCAGCUGAGCAUGAAACUCAUAAAAUGCUGCUUGGCACUAGAAAAAAAAAAAAAAUGUGAUUGGUGUUGUAAUUUGCAUUCCUGUUAGCACAUAAUGUGAGUGUGACAUUGCUUUGCUAUGGCAUAUGCAAACAAACGGUUAAAAUUCAUGCACUAACAAUGAAGUUUCAUUUGUAAAUCAGGAAUCCUGCAGUCUCAGCCAUUCAGUGUUAGCAGCACUGUGUCUUAAAUUCUGCACGUAGCCGGCCUCUAAUGCAUGUUUAACUAAAAUGUUUAACUUUUGGACAGCAUAAUAUUGAUACUUACAGAUGUAUUUUUUUUAGUAAACAAAGAAACUUGAAAAGAAGGAAACAAUUUAACUUACAUACCACUUCAGGAAUCAUUUGAUUUGUUUGUGUGUGUACAGUAUAUGGUACUGCAUUAUCCAUUAAUACCCUAUUGUUUGGACUGAAAAAAUGCUCA